CACAGGCGUAUUUUUCUGCAUUUUGAAAAUGAAAAGCAAGCCUUCCGUGAACCGAUAUAGACUAUAAAUGCGCCACAACUAAAAUCUCUUCCCAAGUUCCCAGUGAUAGCUUUGCAAUGGACCAGGACCCACACUAUACAGCAGAAAGAGAGCUGUUGGAAGCUGUAAGCAGGAUUACUCCAUUCUCUGCCACAACUCCAUCUGAUGAAGAACAAAAUCAACCCAGAGCUGAAGUUUCAUGUCAAGUGAGCAAAGAAAACCCAGGAAAAGAUAACCUUCAAGAUUCCAGUGCAUUGCUGAGUUCCAAUUCUUCAAUGACCACUAAAGAGCUUCAGGAAUAUUGGAGAAAUGAAAAACGCCAAUGCAGACAAGUCAAUCUCCUUUUUGAAAUCCCAUCAACCAGAAUUGUAGAGCACCACUUAUCUAAAUACGUGAUGUAUAAAAUUAUCAUUCUGCAAACAGGAAGUUUUGACCACAACAAAUCUGUAAUUGAACGGCGCUAUUCAGAUUUUGAGAAACUGCAUAGAAAUCUUCUGGAGGACUUCAGUGAAGAAAUGGAAGAUGUGAGCUUCCCUAAAAAAAUUCUGACCAGGAACUUCACAGAAGAAAUAAUCAAUGAGAGGAAAUUAGCCUUUAAGGACUAUCUGAGACUUCUGUAUUCUAUGAAAUAUAUCCGAAGAUCAAAAAAAUUUAUUGACUUUUUAACAAGGCCAGAGCUUAAGGAAGCAUAUGGUUGCCUGCGGGGUGGCCAGUACACCAAAGCUUUGGAAAUUCUGUUAGACGUCAUCGGUCUGCAGGAAAGGCUAACGAGAGGCAACCCUGUCUCGGUUGUCCCAACUCUGUGUGCUAUCGUGGUGUGCCACAAGGACCUGGAAAACCCAGCAAGUGCCUUUGAAUACGGAGAGAAGGCUCUGCUGCGCCUUCGGGUACACACCAGUCACAGGUAUUACAUUCCACUGUUAGAAACAAUGAUCACUCUGGCAUACGAACUUGGCAAGGAUUUUCUGUCUUUGCAACAGAAACUGGAAGAAUGGAAAGCAAAAAAACAUCCAAUAAAGACUUUUACCCUGAAAGAACUUGCAGUUCGGGAGUAUGUACAGUGAACACAAGGAAGGAUUUGGAUUUCAUUAAAGAGUAAAGCCAUCAGCUCCUCAUCCUGAACACAAACUCCUGACAGAGUAGGAACUGGAAAUCACCUGUUUGGAUAACAUAACUUUGUGCUUAGCAAAAUUUAAAUAAAAUAUCUUUCAUGUUCAAAACGGACACUAAUGUUUAUGUUGGACAAUAUUGUACUUGCUCUAUAGAUAGAAGAAACAUCUAAGCUUAUCAAAACUUUUGGAAAGAAAUUUGUAACAAAAAAUUCUUCAUAAUUUGCUUAUUUUGAUAGUAUAUUGAA